AAGGUUUGCGUAGCUCCGCACGAGCUCCGUGGUCAGACACGUAAAAUAGAAUAUCUUCAUUACAGCAGAUCUUCGCGACUUGUUGUUGUUUCUGUCGAUGAAGUCGACGAUGGUGGAAAAAUAUAGUCCUCAUAGCCGCGCUCCUUCACAUCUUGCAUUCCUGUAGUCGGCGACGCCGAGGACCCCCCGUACAAGUGCGUAGCUUUUGAUGCUUUUCGGCCUACCGGCUGCACCCAGCGCUGCGCCAUCAUGAAUUCCUACGGGACCACCACUUCUAAUAUGCCGGCACCGACGCAACACGCUUCGCCACAGGAGCUCACCGGGGAAUUGCAGCAACCUUCCGGCUAUCAACUGCAACAAUGUCAGGGCGUGGAAAAAUGCAACGUCUGUCAUGCAUAUUUUGCAUGACCCAUGAUUUUGUCUGUGAUGCAUGCUCUAGCAUCACAGAUUUUGCAAAUGCUUUCUGAUGCCCAUACAGCAUGAGAAAUUCCCUCUCCGCGUAGCGAAAACUGGAACCCUUUUGCAGUUCAUGCAAUACAGAUUUUUUUGGAAUCCAAAAACAGCAUCACAAGUCACCAACUUCCAGACCCAGACGUAUUUGCAAUGCAUACCGGCCGCGGUCUCGGCUCCGGUUCGUCUUCAUCCCUAUCACAUGCAAAUAUGUCUGGGUCUGGAAAUUUGUGAUGCUAAACUGUGGAUGAUGACAACGCCUCCACAUGCAGCCAAGCAUGACAAGUUUGCAGGACGCUUUCUCAUGCGCAGCCCGCAUGAGAAACUGCAUUUAUGCGUGACAGAAAAGGCUGCGACUUUUGUUGGUCAUGCAAGACAGAUUGCACAGGAGUGGAAGCUCAGCAUUACAAGUUCCACCUUUCCAGACCCAGACAUAUUUGCACUGGAUAAUCCCGGGAGCUGAUCAAAACGGCGAUCUCCGAACCUUCCAACAAUAACGUUUUCCAGUGGUUUCUCCUUUUCCCCUUCAUCGUGUGGACGUGGGACUGGUACGAAGGGAUUAUGCUGAGUAAAAACGUUCCCACACCAGAGUCAAGAUGGGAAAUCUGCAACACCAAUCUGCAAGUUUUCGGAGUUUUGCAUGACAAGUUUCCAUCUGCAGUUUAGUGCUGGGUAGCAAAGGCAACCUUAGGAGAAACCCAGCGUCUCAUCCUCGAUUUACAGCAUGACAAAGUCCAAAGGACAAUUGGAAAUGCUCCUUAUGGAGAUGCGCAUUACAAAUGUUCCUGUCAUAUACGCAUUUGCAUGACAACUCUGCGGUGGGAAAGUUUUUGCUGAGGAUAGGGAUCGUGGAGGACAUUCUCUUCCCCGACCACUUGCGGUUGCAACUGCUCACGUUCGGCUUCGUGGGGUUCUGUUCGCUACUCCUAGCCUGGUAUCUGCAGCAGCACGCGGUCCUGGGUUUUGCAGGACAGCAGCAGGAAUUUCAACACCACACCGCGCCGUCGGGCGGCGCACAGCUGUUGCAACAGCACCAGCAGCAGCACAAAUUGGAGCAGGAGCAGUUAAACCGCACCUUGAUGAGCACGGACGCACCCAGCUAUCAAAUGUAAAUACGUCUGGGUCUGGGUCGCAGCCACUCCCACUUUUGUCAUGCAAAAAGGCAGUUUCUCAUGCGGAUUGCGUAUGGGAAAAGAGAAAGCGUGCUGGAAAGUUGUCAUGCUGGGCUGCAUCCGGAAGUAGUUCCGUCAUCCACAUUUUAGCAUCACAGGUUUCCAGACCCAGACAUAUUUGCAUUUGAUACCAGCCAAAAUCAGCAGAUCCCGAUGGAGGUUGAGGCAGUGGAGCCCCAGAUUGGAGGCAGAACCGCGACGGGCGACACCAGUCUCUCGCAUCAGUCACACCAGCGGCCCAUCUGGAAGACCGCAGUGCAAGCUUUCAGCAGCAUUUUGGUGGCCACCUCGGCCUGGGUGUUCAUCGAGAAGUAUGAACUGCAAAAGUAUCGUACUCGUACUAAUUGCGUAUGCGUUUAUGCAUUACAAAUCUUGUUUUUGUUAUAGGCAAAUGCGCAUUACAAAUUAAAUUUGUAAUGCUAAGUCAAUUUGUAAUGCAUUUAUACGAGUACGAUACUUUUGCACAGCAUAAGAAGUUGGUGGUGCUGAUAGUCAAGUUUGGCUUCAAACACGGCGACGAAUUUCUGAAGCACAACGAGACAGUGCUAUCAAAAGGAAAAAUCCUCCCACCCCAUAUCGGAAACGGAAGGCGCGCGAAUUUGUGAUGCUGUAUUUGAGUACACAAAUCAACUUGUAUUGCUAGAAGGCUCACAGACGAAGCUGCGGCCUAAAUUGCAGGUAGUCUGUCAUGCUGUUUCCCACUUCCAGCUACCUCCUAUCAUCCUGGAGCCGCAAGGUUUUUUCCACGCUAGACAGCACUAGAGUCCGCAACUUUUGCCUUCUAGCAUCACAAAGCUGAUUUGUGACCACAGAUCUGCAUCACAAAUUUCGUUUUCGAUAUGGGGAGGGGGGAUUUUUCCUCUUAAUAAGUGCUGUAUUCCUUCCUGCUGGUGGGGAAUUUCCUCGUAAUUCUGCUGUACGAGAUAUCCUGAGUAAAAACGUACCCACACCAGAGUUGUAAUGCAAAUCUGCAUGCUGACAAUGUUUCUCAUGCGGAGCCCCAUGAGAAGCAUUUUCUAGUCGUGUUUUGCAAUUUGUCAUGCUCCAAUCAGCAUGGUAUGCUAGAUCUGUGAUGCUGCUGAGCUAGCUCAAACAGCACUACACUAAGAAUCCAAAUUUGUCAUGCAAAACAGCCAAAACUUGUGGAUUUGUCUAGCCGAUUCCCCAUCUUGACUAUGGUGUGGGUACGUUUUUACUCAGGAUACGAGAGGAUGACCGGACGCAUGCUGUUAGCAAAAGUGGCGGAUAUCGUUUAAGAAUGAAGGUUGGCGAGGUUAGUACCAUAUAGGUUCAAUAACUUCGUACUGACUCCUCAUGGACCGAAAUUUAAGUAGCUGAAUGUCAAUCCAUCUAUCCUUUUCGUGCGGUAAUCGCAGGGAGAAGAUUCGAAUUUCGACACACGACGAAUGAUGUAGGCAGACGUCACAAGGAACAAAAUAAAAUACGUUUCUCGUCCCAAAGAUGAUGAUAAAUGAAUGAUGAACUGUGAACAAAAAAAACUUCAGCUCUAAAAGACAAAAUUUGGUUUAACAGCCCUCUGGCACGAGUGCUUCCCUUCUUGGCUGCAGUAUGAAAAAGGAUUGAAGUUUUGAAAAAAAAAAUUGUCACGAGUUCUUGUGCUAGACCUGGCCGGGUAGUUGUAGUUCUUGG